CAUGGUACCAAGUGACGUGUCCCCCCUGUGAGAUUUGCGCACCCCAACCUCCUGAGAAGAUGUCAGGGAUGCAGGCCGUUUGGCCGUCCGGUACAGAAUGUAUCGCCAAAUACAACUUCCACGGUACCGCUGAGCAGGACCUGCCCUUCAGCAAAGGAGACGUCCUUACCAUUGUCGCUGUCACCAAGGAUCCCAAUUGGUACAAGGCGAAGAACAAGGUGGGCCGGGAGGGCAUCAUCCCCGCUAACUACGUGCAGAAGCGGGAAGGAGUGAAAGCUGGGAUCAAGCUCAGCCUCAUGCCGUGGUUUCACGGGAAGAUCACGCGGGAGCAGGCGGAACGGCUGCUGUACCCACCCGAGACGGGACUUUUCCUGGCCGGGAUGCUUCCCAGUGCCUCCCGUGCCUGUCUCUCCUGGCCCGCAGACGUGAUGCUGGGGGAUUACCGGGGGAACAAAGUCGCCGUGAAGUGCAUUAAAAACGAUGCCACAGCGCAAGCCUUUCUGGCGGAGGCAUCCGUGAUGACGCAGCUCCGACACAGCAACCUGGUGCAGCUCCUGGGGGUGAUCGUGGAGGAGAAGAGCGGCCUUUACAUCGUCACCGAGUACAUGGCCAAGGGCAGCCUAGUAGACUACCUGCGGUCGCGCGGGCGGUCGGUCCUCGGUGCGGACUGCCUACUGAAGUUCUCCUUAGACGUCUGUGAAGCCAUGGAGUACCUGGAAGCCAACAACUUUGUCCACCGGGACCUGGCGGCGAGGAACGUCCUGGUCUCGGAGGACAACAUCGCGAAGGUCAGCGAUUUUGGGCUGACCAAGGAAGCCUCCUCCACGCAGGACACGGGGAAGCUGCCGGUGAAGUGGACGGCGCCAGAAGCACUUAGAGAAAAGAAAUACUCCACCAAGUCGGAUGUAUGGAGCUUCGGGAUCCUCCUCUGGGAAAUCUACUCCUUCGGGCGAGUGCCUUAUCCGAGAAUCUAUUUCAAGCAGGGCCCAGCUGAGCGCUGGGCGUUUUACUAA